GCCUGGACUAUGUCUUUUUAAAAUGUUCCCUGAUGCCGAAAGUGGAUCCUUCGGCGAUUAUAGCUUGCGGAUGAAAGAAUACCUAUGAAUUACACGCAUGCGCCACUCGGGCAGGUGAGCGUGCGGCUGUAGCAGCUGGCAGGUGAGGUGAGGCUCAGUUGGAGUCUCGCGAUGCUUUGGUCUGUCACGGGCCGCAGCGUCGCCUCCCUCGUGCACUGCCAGCCAUGUCCCGGCGCGAUCGUUAACCUAGCGAUACUCUUGCUGCUCGCCGUCGUUCUGGCGCACAUCCAGGCGGCCCUGCCUCCUGGCGCAGAGGACGAGAUCGUGCUUAUCGAGCACCUACCUGGUCGCCGGGUGCACCUGCAGGACUUCUUCUGGACCGGAGUCGAGGACGCGCCGUCAUGGCUCGACCCGGAGCAGAUCCUCACCCUGUACGAGACGCGAACCCUCCAGCAGACGGCGACGGUCUACGUGCCGGGACGGGAUCGGGGGCGACCCGAGGAGGACGCGCGGCCGCCGCUCGACUGCGCCUCCUGCAUCGAGCCGACGCCGACGCUCCUGGACGACCUCGAGCGCAACGGCAUCGGCGUGCUCGUCGGGCAAGACCCCGGCCCGAGGUACUGGCUGCUGACGGUGCUGAAAGCCGGCGAGAGCGUGCCCCCCAGGGUCGAGCUGCGCCUGGCCCGGCUCUACAAGGCGGCGUUCGCGCGGCAGCAGCAGCGCCACCUGGGCCUCCUGCCGGAGAGCCGCGCGCGGCAGGCCCGCUUCCCCAGGCCGCCUAAGGCGCCCAAGCCUCAGGCAGACCGGGCUCCCGGCGCCGGGCCCGACAAUCUGACGGCGACGACGGACGAGGCGACGGACGAGACGACGAGCAGUAGCGUUUCCCUGCUGCGCAUGCGGCCGGUGCGCAUAGCCAAGAGCAAGCGGACCCUGCCGCCAGUUGCCGCGGAGGCUCCGGCCCAGCUGGCCGGGCAGCUGCGCGAGGCGGAGCGCGAGGUGGGCCUCGUGCAGGUGCGCAUGCAGAACACCUCGAGGAUCGAGGGCGGCGCCACCAGGCUCAUCUACACGGUGCACCUCGGCGGCAAGCCCGUGCCCGCGGAGAGCGCCGCCAAGGACAUGGCGCUGCUGUCGGCCCAGGAGGUCGCCCUCGAGCUCGGCGCGCCGGUCAUCAUUCAGAGCGAGCCCUAUCUAAAAGAAUCUCGUCCUCUAGCGCUGUCGAGGAGGCGGGACGCCUGGCUGCUGCUCGGCGCCGCGGGAGCGGGCCUCGUCUUGCUGGCCGUCCUCGUCCUCGGGCUCCUCCUGCUGAGCAAGCGGAAGCGGGCCCAGAGCGCCGUGUCCGCGCCGCCGCUGCCGGAUCGCAGGGUACUCGCCGGCAAGGACGAGGAGUACGCGCCGACAACGCCCGGCGGCAUCGACAACACUGCCUACACCUCCGAGACGGAGGCCAUGCAUCGAUAUCUCGCACAGACGGAGAUGACGAGCGGCUUGAGGCGCGCGACCCCGGGAUCGCAGGACACCAUCGACAUCGACGCCCGAGACAUUUUGAGCGAGAACGCCAAUCCCUGGGACACGCUGGAUUACGCGGACGCGGUUGACAAUAAAGGGCGCGUCCAACGAGCGAACGCGCCCGAUCGGCCUCGCUCGGCCGCUGCCGACUCGCUGCCGGAUUCGAGGGGCUGCAGCGGAUCCGGCAACGCCGCUCCUCCUGACACCCUCGAGUCGCUGGAGAAGGGCUUCGGUGCCGAGCUCGACGAGGCCACGGGCUCGCCGCACUCCUAUCUUUCCAUGCCCUCGUGCAAGCAGUUUCCUAGUAUGCGAAGUGUCGAACCGCUCUCCAAGGUUCUCGAGCCUGUAGUCGUGAAACAUCUGGACUUGGAAUCGGACUCUCCCGAGAUGAAAAUCAAGGAGUACGGCUUCAAGAGCAAUGGCGAGCAGUACUUCGCAAGAGCGUCGAGCGAAGCCAAGGAUCCCGGAGUCUUGGGUCCUAUCGUUUGGGACCUGAAGAGAAAACGAGCUGUGGAAGACGUGACGUGUUGCAAGGUAACUACGUCGAUGCAACGGCAGCGCCGGCCGAAGCGGACCUGGAACCCGGACGCGUACCUCACUCGGGAGCGGUUGGCCGGGCGCGUCGCCGACUCAACGAACUACUCGAGGAUUCCUUCAGUCUCUUCGGCACUCGAGAGCCCAAACAGCCUCGGGAACAACAACAACAACAACAACAACAACAACAACAACGAACUAGCGAAAGGAGAUCGCACGAUACAGGUCAGGGUCCACUUCAGUGGGCUGCCCCGGACUAUCGAGGAAAAUCCGCUCAUGUGAGUCCGCUGGCAUCGCCGAACGCGGAGCUGAUGGCGUCGCGAGCGCGCACCUCGCUGCCGAGCGACCUCGUCAUCCCUGAGACGGGCAAGAUCAGGAGCCAGCCACGUGGUGCUUGGGCCAGUCGGCCUCUAAGCGCCGGGCCAUUUCACCGCCCCAACCUGCCAGAAGUUGAGCUCGUCCGCGUUCUUGCCGACUCGCAGCUCAGGCCCGAGGAUCCAGCCGUACCCCUUAUCGCCGCUAUCAAGAAAGAACUCGGGAAAUUCACCUACGACUGAGAUUGCAGCCAACUACUUUGUUUUUCCAUCUCCUUGUCAUUCGCUCUGUAUAGUUGUCGACCUGAGCAGGUUCGAUUUCUUGAUAUAGUUACAGAAAAAGUUGAAUUUUAUCGCAUACUAUACAAUUUAGUAAAAUUUUGCAAUAGAAAAAGUACAUAGCAAUAACUUAGGAAUUUAUAACAAUGCGAGAUUAUGUAAAUACAGUAUCAUAUACGCUUUCAAUAAUAUAUAAUAAUAGGAACUGCACGUUGUAAAAACAUGCCUUAUUUCUUUGACACUCUGUCAUCUGCAGCUAAGUGUUUUCAUUAAGUUCUAACCAUAGAAGAAUUUCAAAGUGUAAAUAUAUGUAUAUGUGUUUGGGCCUAUAAUAGCUGAGGCCACGAUGAUAAUAAUAUGUCAUACUUAAAGCACAACACAACUGUAUUAUUAAUGAUAAAUACGUUGAGUUGAAUAGUCUUUACGAAAUACGUCAUUGCUGUGCGCGAUGAGUUUAGUUGAAAUAUAGAUUUGUGAGCCACACGAUUUACAAUUUUAUUACAAGUACUUUUUUCACAAACAUAAUCCAAAGUCUACUAUUUCUCGUCGUAUUUUUACAAGUGUAACUUUUUAAACACUCAACACGAAUCACGUUCAAUUGAAUAAAAAAUGUAUCGCAAUAA